GUCACCGUGGCUCAAACGACAGCAGCCUCAGCUAGCCAACACGUCACCACUUCCAGAGCACAACUCACGCGAGAUUGCCUUUCAGGAAGUUCCACGUCAGUACCCACUGCACUGUUCACUGAAAUCGCAACAUUUGGAACCCGCUUGCAGCUGUUCAAAACAUAUUCAUUUGAUUCUAUUGUGACAACAAGGGGAUAAAAUAUGCCUCUGAGGCUGGACAUUAAGCGGAGGCUGACAGCUAGGUCAGAUCGAGUGAAGAGUGUGGACCUUCACCCAACUGAGCCGUGGAUGCUGGCUAGUCUGUACAACGGCAGCGUCUGUGUGUGGAACCAUGAAACACAGACUCUGGUCAAGACUUUUGAAGUAUGUGACCUCCCUGUCAGAGCUUCUAAGUUUGUGGCAAGGAAGAACUGGGUCAUCACUGGAGCGGAUGACAUGCAGAUCCGUGUGUUCAACUACAACACCUUGGAGAGGGUCCACAUGUUUGAGGCCCAUUCUGACUAUAUCCGUUGCAUCGCUGUUCAUCCGACCCAGCCCUACAUCCUCACCAGUAGUGAUGACAUGUUGAUCAAGCUAUGGGACUGGGAGAAGAAGUGGACAUGCAGCCAGGUGUUUGAGGGUCACACUCACUACGUCAUGCAGAUUGUCAUCAACCCCAAGGACAAUAACCAGUUUGCAAGUGCUUCUCUGGACAGGACAAUUAAGGUUUGGCAGCUAGGCUCUUCGUCUCCCAAUUUCACUUUGGAGGGUCAUGAGAAAGGAGUCAACUGUAUUGACUAUUACAGUGGAGGAGACAAGCCCUACCUUAUCUCCGGAGCUGAUGACCGUCAAGUCAAGAUCUGGGACUACCAAAACAAGACCUGUGUUCAGACUCUGGAGGGCCAUGCCCAGAACGUCUCUUGUGUCAACUUCCACCCAGAGCUGCCCAUCAUCAUCACUGGAUCAGAGGAUGGAACGGUGCGUAUCUGGCACUCAAGCACGUACCGUCUGGAGAGCACACUGAACUACGGCAUGGAGAGAGUGUGGUGUGUGUGUGGCCUCAGGGGCUCCAAUAAUGUGGCUCUGGGCUACGAUGAAGGCAGCAUCAUUAUCAAGGUGGGUCGGGAGGAGCCAGCCAUGUCUAUGGACACAAGUGGCAAAAUCAUCUGGGCCAAACACAGUGAAAUACAGCAGGCUAACCUGAAGGCCAUGGGUGAUGCUGAGAUCAAGGACGGAGAGAGGCUGCCGCUGGCUGUCAAAGACAUGGGCAGCUGUGAGAUUUAUCCCCAAACCAUCCAGCAUAACCCUAACGGAAGGUUUGUUGUGGUGUGUGGAGAUGGAGAAUAUAUCAUCUACACUGCCAUGGCUUUGAGGAACAAGAGCUUUGGCUCAGCACAGGAGUUUGUCUGGGCACAUGACUCCUCUGAAUAUGCCAUCAGAGAGAGCAACAGUAUUGUCAAAAUCUUCAAGAACUUCAAAGAAAAGAAAUCUUUUAAACCUGACUUUGGAGCAGAAGGAAUCUAUGGAGGUUUCUUGCUUGGCGUGAGGUCAGUGAAUGGUUUGGCAUUUUAUGACUGGGAGAACACAGAGUUGAUCCGUCGCAUCGAGAUCCAGCCCAAACACAUCUUCUGGUCAGACUCUGGUGAGCUGGUCUGCAUCGCUACAGAGGAAUCCUUCUUCAUUCUGCGUUACCUGGCAGAUAAAGUAGCUGCCUCUCAAGAGAACAAUGAAGGAGUGACAGAGGAUGGUAUUGAAGAUGCAUUUGAGGUCCAGGGAGAGAUUCAGGAGAUUGUAAAGACUGGACUCUGGGUAGGAGACUGCUUCAUUUACACCAGCUCUGUAAACAGACUAAACUACUAUGUUGGAGGAGAGAUUGUCACUAUCGCUCAUCUGGACAGGACCAUGUACCUGCUGGGAUACAUACCCAAAGAUGACCGUCUGUACCUGGGAGACAAGGAGCUGAAUAUCGUCAGUUACUCCUUGCUGGUCUCUGUCCUGGAGUACCAGACCGCUGUAAUGAGGAGAGACUUUGGAAUGGCUGAUAAGGUGCUGCCCACAAUUCCUAAAGAGCAGAGAACCAGGGUGGCCCAUUUUCUGGAAAAACAGGGUUUCAAGCAGCAGGCACUGGCUGUGUCCACAGAUCCAGAGCACAGGUUUGAGCUGGCCUUGCAGUUGGGAGAGCUGAAGAUUGCGUACCAGCUGGCAGUGGAGGCAGAGUCAGAGCAGAAGUGGAAGCAGCUAGCAGAGUUAGCUAUCAGUAAGUGCCAGUUUGGCCUGGCUCAGGAGUGCCUUCAUCACGCCCAAGACUACGGUGGCUUGCUCCUCCUUGCCACAGCUUCUGGUAAUGCCACUAUGGUGGGCAAGCUGGCUGAAGGAGCAGAGAAGGACGGGAAGAACAAUGUGGCCUUUAUGACCUACUUCCUGCAGGGGAAGCUGGAUCAGUGUUUGGAGCUUCUGAUCAGGACAAACCGACUACCUGAAGCUGCCUUCCUGGCUCGCACCUACCUGCCUAGCCAGGUGUCCCGUGUGGUCAAAUUGUGGAGGGAGAACCUGGCUAAGGUCAACCAGAAGGCAGCUGAAUCCCUAGCAGACCCUACAGAGUAUGAGAAUCUGUUCCCUGGGCUGAGAGAAGCCUUUGCAGCUGAGCAUUACCUGAGAGAGACCUGCUUGGGCACCUCCAGGCCUGCCAAAGACUAUCCUCUUGUCACUCUCAAUGAAGACAGGAACAUUCUUGAGGAGGCUCAAGGAUAUGAACCCAAAGGAACCUUUAUUCCUCCAGGUCCAAAGCAAACAGAGGAUAGUGAGGAGUCUACCUCUGUGACAGCGGCUUCUGUCACUGUAGCCGCAGCGGUGAUGCAUAGACAGCCUGAACCUACUGUUCCUACAGCAGUGGACAAAGAAGAAGCAGAAGAAGAGGAGGAGGAGGAAGAGGAGGAGGAAAUCCCUGCAGUCUCACAGUCACAGAAAGAUAAGUCUCUGGAUGAGCUGGACGUGGACCUGGACAACAUGGAGCUUGAUGACAUCGACACCACAGACGUUAACCUUGACGAUGACUUCUCAGAUGAUUGAGACCUGCUACCACCCUGGUCCCCCUACACUCUUCGGAACCUAUUUAAAAAAAGAGAAAGAGACCAAACCCCCUUUACUCCUUUUUUUUUUUUGUAUUUGUACGUAAAAAUAUUAUAUUGUCAUGUCCACCUGCUGCAGUAGAUAAUUAUAUCAGUCAUGUUUUGGUCUGAAAAGUAAACAGAUCAUGUCUAUUUCUGACUCUCCAUUUUAUACACCAUUUAUUGAUUCAUUGAGAAACUUUCAUUAACUGCCCAUUGAGCAAUGUUAUAUUUUGUCUUUGCUUUCUGUUGUCUGUAAUGGGAAAUCAAAGUUCAUUCAGUCCAAUAAACUGUGGUUGCUGUACAUA